AUUUUAAUAUUUAAUCAAUUAUUUCAUCGAGUACCUUUUGACAUAUACGUUCUCAUAAGGUCAUGAUAAAGCUUUAAAUGAAUUGAUUUGAAAAGGAUGCACAUGAUAAUGAUAUUGAGAUCGAUAAAUAAAAGAUCUUUAAAGAUUGCGGUUCAGUCAUUUCACAUACGAUUUUCAGAUCAAACGGAAAUAGUAAUGCCUUGUAAGGUAACUGAGCAAAAAGUGUUGAUGAAAAUAUUUUUGUUUUAAAAUUCCAAUUUGUGUGACUAGUGUUAUCUAUCACCGUAGAUAUUUAAGAACAAAAUGAAUUUUGGAGUAGAGCAUUUAUAUCACGAUGCAGACAUUUCGAGCAAUUUUACAUCAUUGGAUGCGAAAGAAAAAAUGAGAACUAGACAAGCACAUGCUAGAGAGGAAAAACAACUGAAACGGUUUAAUACAACAUUGGAACGUGCACAUACUGUGUUGAUAAAGAGACAAGAUUGGGAGAAAAAUAAUAUUCAGCAGGAAUUACACAUUAUAAAACUUAAAUCAGCGUCCCUAGAUAAAGGAUUAAAAAAAGAGGAAGAGGCAGAACUUAUAAAAAGGGCGCGGAAACUUCCCGCUAUAACGAAAUCAAGUAAUUCUUUAGUUAAAUCCAAUUAUAGUGACAGUUCUUCAAAUGGAAGUACAUCUCACAGAAGCAAUUCAUUUCGACGACACGGAACUAUAACUUCGGUAGAUUUGAGAUAUUCAGCGGAAGUAAAUUUUACGCCAUCAGUGGAAAUAAAUCCUCCGAUAGAUAUAGUUACUGUUUAUAUGAAGAAAGCAGAUGUAGUGACAAGAAACUUACAUCGACUUUACAAACGUAAACAAGAAAGAAAUUCUUAUAUAAAAGAAGCUGUAAAAAUCAUAAGACAAAAUAAUAGCGUCUUGUUAGACGAGGCAAAGUUAUAUACUCGGAAUAAAGAAUUACUCAAAGAUUUUGAAUUGUACAAACAAAAACAACGAACGUCAUCCGAAAAGACGACCGAACGAGAAAUACGGGAUAUCAAUGCAACAAGUGCUUCCGUUACAUUUGAGGCCAAUAGAAAAGAUGAUAGCUCUAUAGUGAAAGCGGGCACCAUUGGUAAUGAAAAGGACAACAUUAUAAAUAAAGAGGGUAACAUUCAAAAUGCAGAGGGAAACCUUGGUAGCGAUCAGGUAAUCAUUGAGGAUAGUAACACUUUUAGUAAAGUAGUCCUUAAUGAUAUUGUAGAUGAUAUAACGGUGCUACCUGACAUAGAGCCAGCUUCAUCUGUGGUUGCAAAUCCAUCAGAGAGUGGCAGUGACUUCGAUGACAAAAAUGCAAAAUGGACCGAUAUUUUUAAAAUUCCAGAGAUGUGGAAAGUAUUUGACGGUAGGAAAAAGGUAAAACAAAUUACAAAACCACCUCCUGCAUUAGUGACUCUCAGAGGAAAGCUUAGGAAAACAAUGUUGAGAUAAUAAAAAGUGUUUAAAUUAUUUUGUUUGAUUAUAAUAAGAUAUGUCAUUGAAACGUAAUACAAUGUCAAUUUGUAAUGAUUUUUUUUAUUUAAGCUGUUUGAAAAAAAGUUCGUUUUAUGAAAAUGACAGGAUAAUCUUUAAUUUACUCAAUCUGUCGAUAGUAAGGUACUUAAAGUCUACAAAAAGACAUUAAACUGAUAAACCAUGAUUUGACGAGUUAUUCAUAAAACAAAAAACCAAUAUCGAUACUAGAAGUCCAGUUAAACAUUUAAAAAUAAUUCCAUUCUUCUUAUGGUAUCAAGACGUAAACAACAACAGUCGCAUUUAAUAAAAUAUCUAAAUGAACAAGCAUUUGAAUACGGGGUAAAUAAAGGCAACAGUAACUUGGCGGUAUACCGGUGUUAUAAAUCACACGUCAUAAAUCGAUUGAGAAAAAACAAAUCCAGGUUACAAUCAAAAAAGCAGAGGGAUACUUUAACUAAAACAGGAUUUUUUUUCUUUCCAAACAAACUAGAUAUACAUAUUGAUAAAUUAGAAUUUCAUAUAUACUUAUUUAUGUACGGUUGAAAAUGAA